GGGAUUUGGAAUUGGUCUCGAAAGGAACAUUGAAAUAACAAAAAGACGGCUAGAAAACUGGUGGCAAGAAAGUGGCCAGGGCACCUUUUGAAAGGAUUGGAACUCGGACACUUGAGGAUUUUAAGGCUAGGACGUACAACUUAUGCUGUGCUGUCCACCCGCUACAAAGGGGCAGCCGCCAUCAUCAUCAUCAUCAUCAUCGACAAAAGCGAUGUCUGCGCACAUGGUUGUGGUUUAGUUUUAGUCCCAUGUCCAGUACAUUUGUCCGUUUAGCGAGCUUGUUAGCUUAUGGUGCUCCAGCCUGACAUUAUACAAUAGAAGAAAAGCUUACAGAGUGACACAAUGCCCUCAAGUCGCUCUCGGUGCAUUUUAAGUUACCUUAAUAUUGUCAGCAAGCGAUUUUUUACAACUGCCACUAUUAGGGAGGCAAAACUGUCAAAUCAAGCAGUGACCAAGAAGCGGAAUGUACUGUUCACAGAAGAACUGAACCGACAGGCAUCCAUUAUAACUAGAGUAGAAAAGAUUGAGGUCAAUUAUACUGGGGUACCAGAGAAAUGCACUCUUAUAAUGAACAAGCACUUGUCCACGCCUUAUGACUGUGCAAGACAUAUUCAUGAGAAUUUGUGCCAAAGGGCUGCAGUGGCAAUGGUAAAUGGAAAGGUCCAUGAUAUACAUCGCCCCUUAACAGGAGAUUGUGAGCUAAGCUUCAAGUUUUACAAGGAUGAGGAUCCUUAUCUUCCAAAUAAGGCAUUCUGGAGAACAGGCAGUUUUGUUAUAGGCUACCUUGCAGAAAGAGCUUUUAAGGACCAGUUUUGCGUCCAGCUACACAGUUGGCCCCAACCACAAGUGAAGUCGGGCAGCUUCGUUUACGACAUUGACCUUGGCAUUGAAAACUGGGAGCCCCGUGUGGAUGAGCUGGAUGUCCUGACAUUCAUGGGCCGAAAAUUGACAAAUCAAAGCCACUGCUUUGAAUGUAUUGAUGUUGAUGCAUCAGUUGCAUUAAAAAUAUUUGAAGACAACAGAUACAAGGUAGAACAGAUACCAAGAAUUGCUGCAGCAACUAGCUCAGGAAGUACUGUGACAUUAUACCGACUUCUUGACCAUGUAGACAUCAGCCAUGGACCCAUGGUGGGGUGUCUCAAUCAUCUGUACAACUUCAAAGUAGUGGCAGUCCACCCUAUUGAAACUUCUGUUGGCCUGAUGUACCGUUUUCAGGGAUUGGCUAUUCCUAAGGACUUCACAAUCAGUAGCUUUGCCCUAAGUGUCAUAUGUGAAAGAGCAAGGAGAAUGAACUACACUGGGCUUCCGAAACGAAAGUUUGAUGAAGAGGAAAGUACUGCAGAACUGCAAGGCCUUGAAGGCAAUGAAAAUGAGCAUGGUAUCACAUUUAAGGAACCUGUAGCGUCACAGCAUAAUUGAGUGAGAAGAACUGGGCAUCAGUUUCCAUUCUGCUACAACAGUAUCCCCCUAGAUAACUCUUAGGCACAGAACAUAACAUUACACAUUAGGAAAUAAAGUACUGAUUAUCUGUGAAA